AUGAAAAAUCCAAAGACAAAGCAUAAGAAGGCUCAUUCUACAACGGAUGAUUCCCAGUUUCCCGUAGAUCGGAUAUUUUCAAUAAUGUCUGUAGAUGUAGCUAAAGAAUUCAUGAAACAUUUAAACAACAACAACAAUAAUAAUGAUGAUGAUGACCGGCUUAAAUUAGAAAUGCAAAAAUUACUCGAAACAUCCGACUUAAUAUUACAACGACCAAAUUUAACCUUCAAAUCAUCUUUAAUGAACACUGAUUUAUUUAAACAACACUAUCAUCAAAAAGAGCCUAUGCAAUUGAUCAAUCAAAAUUCAAAAGCCUUAGAACCAAAAACUUCUCUAUGGGAUUCUGCUUUAAUUGACUAUUUUCUCGGAUGUAUAAAAUGGUCAACAAGUAAAUGGAUUGAAGAAUUUUAUAAAAAGAAAUCAAGCUAUAUUGAGCAUAGAAUGCGUAUUUCAAUGUUUCAAUGCCUAAUAAAUAUUGAUGAUUAUAGUGAAGUUGAUAUUGAAAAGUUGAUGUGUAUUAGUAUUGCUUUUUCUACAGCUUAUGCAUUAUUACAUCAUUUACAAUUAUGGCAGUUAGCAAAUGAAAGUCUGACUAAACGUCAAAUAGAAUUAAGCACAAAAGAUGAACAAAUAGAGACAACCUGUUUAACUGCAUCAAUUCACUUUUUAAAGUCAAUGUUCCAGUCAUUGUCCACAUAUACGCCAGGUGGAAUAGAUAAUUAUAAUGGGGAUAUUGAUCAAAGUAAUUUAUUAGAUUUCCAAAAGAAAUUCUAUGGUUAUUUAUCUAUCCUUGACUUAACAGCUGGUCAAUUAUUAGUUGAGUACUUUUCAAAGCAUUUUUUAAAUAAACACAAUUUAUUGGAGAGAGUUUUUGGACCAUUCACAGCACGUAAUCAAAAAUUGAUAAAAAUUCCCUGUCCACUUCAUAUUGAAACUUUAUUGGAAAGAUAUGAAACAACAAAUUCUACCUGGCCAGCUCCAUUAUCUGAAGCUGUCCCGCUAACAUUCAUUUCAAAAUACCCACAGUUAUUUGCUGACAAAGUAACCAAAUGGCUGAAACUUAUUGAACCCAUUGAAAGUAAACAAGGACCACUUGUAAAGGAUACAUUGGAAGAAAAUGAACAGUCAGAGGAAAUCAAACAAGAAGAUGACGAGGCAGAAAAUCCAGCAGAAAUCAGUAAAACAAAUGAGUCACUGGAGGAGAAUGAACAGCUGGACUCAAUGUUAUUCUAUGAAAAAUAUCUCACUUCAAUUGAUUCACUGGAUUCUAAUGAGUUGAAUGCAAUUAUUCAAGUGUCACACAGUGAAUUAGAUGAAAUUGUCAAAAAGUUAUUCAACGAUGCAUCAUCGUUUAGUGAUCAACAACUGGUGGAUAAAAUGAAGGAUAGACAAAUGGAAUUAGGUCUUAGAAUAAUCGAGAGAGCAAAGCUUAGAGCUAGUGAGAAGAAUAGUCAAUGUAAUAAUUGA